AACUCCAACUGUCGCAAUCUUCAGAAAAUCAACAUUGAACGUAAACACUCGAGACAGACCUAAACUGACAGGAGCUAUACAUCUUGUAUUCUGAACGGACAUUUCGAUUUUCUUUACUAUUUUUCUUUAGGAUUUUUUAUUUGCCUUGCAUAAUGAAGUUUGUCAGAUUCCUGAUGAAGAACGCUGCUUUGGCCAACGUGCCAAAGCAUAUUGACCAUUUCUCAAAAUUCUCACCAUCACCUUUGUCUAUGAAGCAAUUCUUGGAUUUCGGUUCUACAAAUGCCUGCGAGAAGACGUCCUUCGCCUUCCUUAGACAAGAACUUCCCGUUCGGUUGUCCAACAUCAUGAAAGAGCUCAAUCUCUUGCCGGACCGCUUGUUGACCACACCAUCGGUGCAGCAAGUACAACGCUGGUACAUCCAAAGCCUUAUGGAGAUCUUGGACUUCCUUGACAAGAGCCCAGACGACCACAGUGUCUUGGAGUCGUUUGUUGAAUCCCUGGAGACCAUUAGGAACAGGCACAAUGAUGUGGUGCCCACUAUGGCGCAGGGCGUCAUCGAGUACAAAGACGCCUUCGGCCAGGACCCGGUCACUAGCCAGAACAUCCAGUACUUCCUGGACCGAUUCUACAUGAGCCGUAUCUCCAUCCGCAUGCUCAUCAACCAGCACACACUUGUUUUCGACGGGAACACCAACCCAGCCCAUCCCAACACCAUCGGGUGCAUUGACUCCCUGUGUGAUGUCACUGAAGUGAUUCGAGAUGCGUUUGAGAGUGCAAAGAUGCUCUGUGAGCAGUACUACCUCGGGGCCCCUGAGCUGGAGCUAAGGGAGAUGAACUCCAACAAUGUCAGAGAUCCAAUCCAGAUCUCUUAUAUCCCCUCCCAUCUCUACCACAUGCUCUUUGAGCUUUUCAAGAAUGCCAUGAGAGCUACAAUUGAGACCAAUGACGUCAGCAACAACCUCCCACCCAUCAGAGUCAUGGUGGCCCUUGGCGGAGAGGAUCUGUCGAUCAAGGUGAUGGAUAAGGGUGGUGGUGUCCCCUUAAGAAAGAUUGAGACUCUCUUCAGCUACAUGUACUCCACAGCUCCCAGACCUGACAUCGGGGACAAUCAUCGGGCCCCACUGGCUGGUUUUGGCUAUGGGCUUCCCAUUUCACGCCUCUAUGCGCGUUACUUCCAGGGAGACCUACAGUUAUACUCAAUGGAGGGUCAUGGUACCGACGCUGUCAUUCACAUGAAGGCAUUGUCCACGGAUUCAGUGGAGAGGCUUCCUGUGUUCAACAAGACAGCUCUGAAACACUACAAAGUCAACUUGGAGGCAGAUGACUGGUGUGUUCCCAGUAAAGAACCACUGGACCUGGCCAUAUACAGAGUCGCCAAGUGAACUUUGACCUUUCAAUUACCUUAAGCCCUAAGGAGAGAGAAAAAGGGCCAAAUCUCAAUGGGACCUAAUGUUGACGUGGUGGUGGGAGAAAGACGUCGCGACCAAUCCUGGAGGAAGCCUAGAAGAGAAGAAGCUUCUGAUUUGCACAGGUUUAAAACCCCUAGUGGUUUCCUGUUUCAGGAAGUGGGUAAACCCACUCACUUCCUGUCCCCACUAAAGUUGUGUUCCUAGGAAGGGGGGUUCAGGGAGAGAGGACUGAACCAGUUGCCUUAGAAAGGCCAUCUUCCAAAGUGCAGGUGAUUGUAGACCUCAAAUUAAACUGCUCCUCAAAUAUGAUUAGUCUGAUCUGUAUGUUCCAUCCCACACCAAGGCCCUUAGCGGGAGCCUCCUGCCCCGCUUACAACACCUGGAUUUGGGGUUGACAGUGGAGGGGAGCAUGAAAGUGAAGGGGGGGUGGCGUGAAAAAUAGAUCCUGUCGGAGAAGGAGAAAAAACCAAGGCGGAAGUGGGAGAUCUUGUCAUUCCGGUAGAGCGUGGGAUCGACCAUUUCAGAGUUGUGAAGGUUUAGGUGAAGUACUUGGUCAUGAUGGUAUUCACUGUGAAGAAUAGCCACUUCAUUUUUGAGGGUCGUUUCAGUGGAGGUCGCAUCAUUUCAAAUCCUUAUCAGAGUAUGGAGAAGACACAAAGGGGGUGUAACACUGUCCGGUUAUAACCUGUUAGGAAGGUUGAAGUUGUAGCAUCAUAACUAUUCGACUGUAUCACAUAGUAUGUGAAACGUGUGUUAAAUUUCACGAGUGCCUAUUGCCAAGUGGCCUACAUUUCAAACAUCAAACAUCCUAAUGUCUUGAUAAGGGCCUUAUGAAUGCAGACAACAGAUUGUUCACAAAUAUUAGCCAAUUGGUCAUUGUUUUCCUGGUAUAAAAAUCCUUUAUUGUAAUGGACCUACUUUUGUUUGGAUUGGUCAGUGAGGAAAAAUGUACAUGCAACUUUGUUUUCUUUCCAUUAGCUUGAACAAAAAUGUCCAAAGCGCGAGCAAGUACAGAUAGCCAAAUGUAUAGUUUGUAAUUGUUGGAUGGAAUUCCUUGCCUGUGUGAAUAGCUUGAGGUUGAAGGAAAUGUGGAGAUGUGUUUCUUGAGAUGGAUGGCUGCACUAUAGAAGUUUGUUAAUGGUACCACCGUAGUGACAGUUUGUCCUGCUUUGCAAUGGUUAGAACACUAUUGGUCCAGGUGUGUGCGCAUCCCUAGUUGUAGUUGACCCAGUCAACUGAGUAUCUUCUAAUCAAGCCAAAACGCUAGUUUCGUUUGUAUUAUACUUGAAUUGAACAAAAUGUACAUUUCAAAUGUCUUAUUUUUUUAGGAAUAAAGUGAUUUAUGUCAAAUAAAUGAUGUCAAAUAAUGAA